AUGCCGCUGGAGAUGGUGUGCCGUUGGCGCCGCGCCGCGGACCGCGCCGCAUGUGCGCCCAGGCGCUUCACGCAGUUGCACAGGGUGCCUUGGCUCCUGGUGCUGGACUUCUUGAUCGAGGUGCCCACGGAGCUGGACGAGGCGGCCGCCAUCGGCAUGGAAAGCCUCGGACGGCUCAGCAACUGCAGCCGGCUGCUUCGCAGCUGCAUCGACGACCGGGUUCUAGACUGCUUCUUCUCCGUGGUUCAUCAGUCCCAGCUUUUCAUGAGCACCCGCGCGGCCAGCCUGGGUCGUCAUCCGAACCUCAUCCUACGGGGACGAAUAUGGCAGGCCUACGAGGAAUCCCGAUGGGAGCGCGACGAGAUGCACGUCACUCUCGGCGAGCAGAUCCAGGACCAGCAGGAGCGACUCCGCGAGCUUGGGGAGUGCAUGCUUGAGGUCAGAGGCCCUCGAUCAGCUCGACGACUUGUCGCUGAGACGGUGAGGGUUUUCCUGCAGCACGAACUGUUGGACGUCAACGUGCACUUGCGACUCCUGGAGAGAAGCUUAGCGUAG